GCGGCCCCGGAUGGAGCUGCUGUCGCGGUUCGGUCCCUGCCGGACCCGUCGGGAUGGACAGGCACGGAAGACGCGGGCACCAGUUCUCGAGCUCUGGCGCUCUGGGAGGGAAGAAAGCUGUCAAACGGAGGCUUAGAGAAAUGAGACAGAGGCUGCGGAGAACCGUGGAGCUCCGCCUCUCCGCCAUAACGUCCUCGAGCACCGCCUCUUCCUUUACGGCCUCCCGCCCUCGCCUGUUUCCGGCCUUGUUCCCCGUCAGGACUCUGCCGAGUCCCUCGGGAGUAUCCCGUGGGUCGUGCCUCCUUUGGGAUGAGGAUCGGGGCUGUGUCCCUGAUAGAGACUGUCCAAAAGGAACAAGCUAGCACGGGGUCCAGACACCGCCGGGCUUGGCGGAAGGCGACGUCUGGCUAGAGACGGCCCGCGAGGCCUUUUGGCCUUAAGGACGCUGGGUCAGAGCGACGUCGUCGGCCCACCGAAGAUGUUAGUCUUACUCAGAGGGUUUAAGGUUCUAGUUAAUAGGUUUUUCCAAAUUCUCGAGGCAUAUUGUAAGCAUACAGCAAGAGCAUUCUCUGGCGUUGAGGCAGUGCUGGGCUAGGCCUUGGAUCUGGGUUAUAAUCCUACCUGGGAAAGAGUACAUAAAACCCUUUGGCUGUGGGUGAUGUUUCAGAGGCAGAGAAUGAGGGUCAAGUAGUCUUGGGUGUGUCACUUGGCCCCAGUGAGCCUCAGUUUCCACAUCCAUAAAACGGCGAUGGUAAUUAUACUGUCCUUACACUCUCUAAUGAGAUCUCUGGAUCCUAUUUAUCUCAUGGGAAAAUAAGAGUGAAACUGGUUGAUCCGUAAAUGCCUUCCCAUUAAGGAGUUUGAUUUGGCAAGGGCUUGAUGGAAAGUGAGGUUGGCAAAUAGCUGGAAGAGAGAAUUGACUGGCUUUCUUUUGCUUUUACUUGGUUUACCUUAAACUAAAUGUAGGAUACAAGACUAUGGUCGCUGAGGCCAGAGUUUGACUCUGGAAAGGAAGAACGCAAGUCUGGUCACGAGGCGGAGAGAUACACGGAAGAUCAGGUAGCAGAACAUCUGAAUUCCUGGCUGUGAGAGGAUGUGGCCUCUGGAUCCAUCCCGGAAAGAGGUGCUGAGGUUUGCUAUCAGCUGCCGUGUCCUGACUCUGAUGCUGCAGGCCUUCUUCAAUGCCGUCAUCCCAGAUCAUCACGCAGAAGCCUUUUCCCCUCCCCGCCUGGCUCCCUCAGGCUGUGUGGACCAGCUUGUGGAAGCUCUUCUGGGUGGCCUCUCUCGCUGGGAUGCCGAACACUUCCUUUUCAUUGCUGAGCAUGGCUACCUCUAUGAGCACAACUUUGCCUUUUUCCCCGGCUUUCCCUUGACCCUGCUGGUAGGGACUGAACUGUUGAGACCCCUUCGGGGGUUACUGAGCCAACGGAGUUGCCUACUGAUUUCAGUAGCAUCACUCAACUCCUUGUUUUCUGUGCUGGCUGCACUAGCACUUCAUGACCUGGGUUGUCUAGUUUUGCAUUGUCCCCACCAGGCCUUGUAUGCAGCAUUGCUUUUCUGCCUCAGCCCUGCAAAUGUUUUCCUGGCAGCUGGUUACUCAGAACCUCUGUUCGCUUUCCUGACAUUCAGUGCUAUGGGACAGCUGGAGAGAGGCCGAAGCUGGAUGAGUGGGCUCCUCUUUGCUCUUGCCACUGGGGUGCGUGCCAAUGGGCUGGUCAGUGUUGGUUUCCUCCUGCAUUCUCAGUGUCGAGGCUUUUUCUCUUUUGUGAUGUUGAACCCCCAAAGACAGUUCCUCAAACUGGUAUCCUCUAUGUGCCUGUCAGUGCUCACACUCAGCCUUCCCUUUGCUCUCUUUCAGUAUUAUGCAUAUACCCAGUUCUGUCUGCCAGGCCCAGCCCGCUCUAUUCCUGAGCCCUUGGUGCAGUUAGCUGUGGAAAAAGGCUAUCGGAUUACAGAGGGGAAUGAGCCACCAUGGUGCUCCUGGGAUCUUCCUCUAAUAUACAGCUAUAUCCAGGAUGUCUACUGGAAUGUUGGCUUUCUGAGAUACUAUGAGCUCAAGCAAACACCCAAUUUUCUGCUGGCUGCACCGGUAGCUAUAUUGGUGUCCUGGGCAACCUGGACCUAUGUGACCACACACCCUUGGCUCUGCCUUACACUUGGGCUUCGAAGGCACAAGAACAGUAAAACCCUAGAGAAGUCCAUUCCUGGCUUCCUCAGUCCACAGGUGUUUGUUUAUGUGGUCCACGCUAUGUUUCUGCUGCUGUCUGGAGGCCUGUGCAUGCAUGUUCAGGAUGGUGGCAACAAUACAGAAGGAUUAAGAGGAAGAUAAUUUUUUGUCUGAUCUCUUGUCUCCAAGACUUAGCUGUGUCUACUUCUUGAAGGCACACGUUGGCUAUUUACAGGGUUCUCUGAGCUGUGUGAUUAGGAGACACAGGAAAUAGAAAGUGGCAUUAUGUGUUUGUGACUGGAUUGCUAGCACAGUUUCCAGGGAAUGUGUGGGAGGCCACUUGAAGAUGUGGCUCUGAAAACCUGGAAGAGGGAGAAAGUUGGACCACAUGCUCUCUAGCGGGACCUUUCCCUGUGCUUUGCCAUUCCUGUGAGAUAAGGGAGCUUUCUUAGAUUCCCAAGCCUUAGAUCACAGCCCAGAGUCAAGAGUCAAGGUCUUGGGUUAAAGUUAAAUCGCAGUGUUUUAGCAUUGAUUGUCCCACUAUUGUAAAUAGUCUGAUGAUUUGUGUUUUUGUAAGAUGGAGGUUGUCUAGCAGGUAUUGAAUGCCUAUGUAUAAGGCACAUGCUGAGGUUUGUUGAAUUGCUUUUCCAGAACCCAAUGACUAGAGCAGAGAACCCCAGGUUGAUCCAUCUUGCAUCAGUGACCUUCCCAUAAAUGUGUGGGUUUUCUCAUGAUUUCUAGGUUCUCACCAGGUUUUUAGGCUCCUCCACUCCCAUUGUAUACUGGUUUCCAGCUUACUUACUUCAGGAUCAAGAGCCACUGUUGAGAUCACC